AUGACGGUCCCGCGGAUGGGAGGGUAUGAGAGGCGGGACCAAAGUCUUCCCCGCUUCUCGGCGCUGGCGAGUCCGGGACUAGGGCUGGAGAGAUCGCCGGGGAGCAUCGUCACCACUCCUGCACGGAGCCUCGCCUGGCCGAAUACUGCACAGUGCACACGUCGGGAUUGCAAAACAUUCCUGAGAAAUAUACCUGCUAUUUAUGGCAUGUGGCUGGUAACUUUACUCCUGCUGUAUUCUUUUCAAGAAGUGCACAGCGAGGAUGUGGUCUCGACGCGGCUGUACUUUGUGAAUGCUUCCCUGCAGAGAGUGACCUUCUCCAGCUCAGUGGGGGUGUCCCUGCCCUGUCCUGCAGGUGGCGCCCCCCAUGCCGUCCUCCGCUGGUACCUGGCCACAGGCGACGACAUCUACGACGUGCCACACAUCCGCCAUGUUCAUGCCAAUGGCACAUUGCAGCUCUACCCCUUCUCCCCCUCUGCCUUCAACAGCUUCAUUCACGAUAAUGACUACUUCUGCACUGCUGAGAACCAGGCCGGCAAGAUCCGCAGCCCUAGCAUCCGUGUCAAAGCAGUGUUCAGGGAACCCUACACGGUUCGCGUGGCGGACCAAAGGUCCAUGCGGGGCAACGUGGCCGUCUUCAAGUGCCUCAUCCCCUCUGCUGUGCAGGAGUAUGUCAGUGUGGUGUCCUGGGAAAAGGACACUGUCUCCAUCGUCCCAGGUAACAGGUUUUUCCUGACAUCAUACGGGGCCCUCUACAUAUCUGACGUUCAGAAAGAGGAUGCCCUUUCUACCUACCGCUGCAUCACCAAACACAAAUACAGCGGAGAAACCAGGCAGAGUAAUGGAGCUCGUCUCUCUGUGCUAGACCCCACUGAAUCCACGCCCUCUGUGAUGGACAGUUUCCAGUCAGGGGAGGUGCAGGUGGGCCGCAGCAUAGAGCUGCCCUGCAUCGCCUCCGGUUACCCCAACCCCACCAUCCGCUGGCUCAAAGAUGGGAGGCCGCUGCCUGCUGACUCCCGCUGGACGCGGCGACUGACCGGGCUUACAAUCAGUGACCUUCGCCUGGAAGACUCUGGAAACUACAUCUGUGAAGUCACCAACAGCUUCGGCUCCAAAGAGGUCACGGGACACCUUAACGUUAUUGAACCUCUGAGAGUCACACUAUCCCCCAAGAACCUGAAAACAGGCAUCAGCAGCACAGUGAUCCUGUCGUGUGCCGUGCAGGGCUCGCCCCACUUCACUGUCUCCUGGUUCCGCAAUACAGAACCUAUUAUGCCUGACCAGCACUUCUCCAUCCAGGGGUCCCACAAUGAGACCCUCUUCAUCACAGCAGCCCAGAAAAGACACUCAGGGGCAUAUCAGUGCUUCGCCACCCGCAAGGGUCAGACAGCCCAGGACUUCUCCAUCAUACUUCUGGAGGAUGGCACCCCACGCAUCGUCUCUUCUUUCAGUGAGCGAGUGGUAGCCCCUGGCGAGCCCUUCUCACUCAUGUGCGCAGCUAAAGGCGCCCCUCCACCCACCAUCACCUGGACGCUGGAUGAUGAGCCGGUAGCGCGGGACUCGGCGCACCGGGCCAGCCAGUACACGCUCUCCGACGGUUCCACUGUCUCGCACGUCAAUGUCACCAAUCCACAGAUCCGCGACGGGGGCGUGUACCGCUGCGCCGCACGCAACUCGGCCGGUAGCGCCGAGUACCAAGCGCGCAUAAACGUAAGAGGACCUCCCAGUAUCCGGGCCAUGCGAAACAUCACAGCCGUGGCUGGUCGCAACACCUUCAUUAACUGCCGUGUGAUUGGCUACCCCUAUUACUCCAUCAAGUGGUACAAAGAUGGGAUGCUGUUGCCAGACAACCAUCGUCAGGUGGUGUACGAGAAUGGCACUCUGAAACUGAGCGAUGUGCAGAAGGGAAUGGAUGAGGGGGCAUAUGUGUGCAGUGUGCUCAUCCAACCCCAGCUCUCCAUCAGUCAGACUGUUCACGUCACCGUGAAAGUUCCACCCCUCAUCCAGCCCUUUGACUUCCCCCCGACCUCCAUUGGUAAGCUGAUGUACAUUGCGUGUGUGGUGUCGUCCGGAGACAUGCCAAUCCGGAUCACCUGGCGGAAGGACGGACAGGAGAUUGUGUCGGGAACGUCAGGGGUCACUAUCGAGACCAAAGAGUUCAUGAGCUCCCUUCAGAUCUCCAAAGUCUCGCUCAAACACAACGGAAACUACACCUGCAUCGCAAGCAAUGAUGCAGCCACUGUCAGUUCAGAGAGACAGCUUAUCGUAACAGUUCCCCCUCGUUUUCGAGUUCAGCCCAAUAACCAGGAUGGUAUAUAUGGAAAGUCAGAGGUUCUAAACUGCUCUGUGGAAGGGUACCCUCCUCCAAAAGUCGUAUGGAAGCAUGCUAAAGGUAUAGGGAACCCUCAACAGUACCACCCAGUUCCACUGACAGGUCGCAUACAGAUCUUGUCCAAUGGUUCACUGCUGAUCCGUCACGUCCUAGAGGAAGACCGGGGAUACUACCUGUGUCAGGCCAGCAAUGGAGUGGGCUCCGAUAUCAGCAAGAGCAUGAUGCUCACUGUUAAAAUUCCAGCCAUGAUCACAUCCCAUCCAAACACUACUAUGGCCAUAAAAGGGCAGAACAAGGAGUUAAAUUGCACGGCUCGUGGUGAGUACCCCAUCAUCAUCCGAUGGGAGAGGGGCGACACUGUUAUCGACCCUGACCGCAACCCUCGAUACUCCAUCACAACAAGCCCGAAUGAGAAAAGCGAUGAAGUUAUCUCCACUUUGAAGCUGAAGCCAGCUGAGCGCGGGGACUCCGUCUUUUUCUCCUGCCAUGCCAUCAACUCAUACGGCGAGGGCCGAGGGCUCAUCCAGCUGACGGUGCAAGAGCCACCUGAUCCCCCAGAGCUGGAGGUGCGAGAGGUCAAAGAUCGCAGUAUGAACCUUAGGUGGACGCAGCGGUUUGACGGCAACAGCAUCAUCACGAGCUACGACAUUGAGUACAAGAACAAAUCCGACCCAUGGGAGCUGAAACAUGCCACCCGGAAGAUAUCGCCCACCAACAACCAGGCCAAUAUUGUGGAGCUCCAUCCAGCGUCCGUGUACAGCAUCCGCAUGUACUCUUACAACAAGAUCGGACGCAGUCAAGCCAGCAAAGAGCUGACUAUAAGCACAGAAGAAGCACCCCCUGAUGGUCCACCUAUGGAUGUGAUUCUCCAACCAAUGACCUCUCAGAGUAUCCGUGUGACCUGGAAGGCACCUAAGAAGGAUCUCCAGAAUGGUGUGAUCCGUGGCUAUCAGAUCGGUUAUAGGGAAAAUGGGCCAGGCAGUAAUGGUCAAUACAGUAUAGUGGAGAUGAAAGCCACAGGUGACAGCGAAGUUUACACGCUCGAUAACUUGAAGAAGUUUGCUCAGUAUGGCGUGGUUGUCCAGGCAUUCAACAGGGCUGGAACCGGACCUUCCAGUUCUGAGAUCAAUGCCACCACACUUGAAGAUGUUCCCAGUCAGCCUCCCCAGAACGUACGGGCCAUCACGGUGACGUCAGAUGAGGCGGUGAUAACAUGGUCGGAGCCCCCGCGGAUGACCCUUAAUGGGGUUCUUAAGGGCUAUCGUGUCGUGUUCUGGUCCCUCUACCCCGAUGGAGGUGGGUGCUGUGGGGGCCAGACACUGGGGCUCAACCAGAAAUGGGGAGAGAUGCAAAACAUCACCACCACUCGUGAGCAGGUGGAGUUGAAGGGUUUGGAAAAAUUCACAAACUACAGCAUACAGGUGCUGGCCUACACACAGGCAGGGGACGGCGUCCGCAGCAAUGUUCUUUACAUACAGACCCGAGAAGACCACCCUGGUCCUCCAGCAGGCAUCAAAGCCGUGCCAUCUUCUGCCACCAGUGUGGUGGUAUCCUGGCUUCCCCCUGUUAAGCCCAAUGGUAUCAUCCGCAAAUACACAAUCUACUGCUCCAGCCCUGGAUCGGGCCAACCGGCACCCAGCGAAUAUGAAGCCAACCCUGAGCUGUUGAUAUACCGAAUCACCCACCUGAACCGGGGUCAGCAGUACCUGAUCUGGGCGGCUGCCGUCACAACUGCCGGUCGUGGCAACAUCAGCGAGAAGGUCACUGUGGAGCCUGCUGGCAAAGCUCCUGCUAAAAUCCUGUCAUUUGGUGGAACGGUGACCACUCCAUGGAUGAAGGAAGUCCGGCUGCCAUGCAGCUCGGUGGGCGAGCCGACACCCACCAUUAAAUGGACCAAAGACAGUGAGGACACCGCCAUCCCUGUCACUCAAGAUGGUCACCGUAACAUCCUUUCAAAUGGAACCCUGGUGCUGCGCUCUGUUAAAGCCGAGGAUUCGGGGUACUACACCUGCACAGCCACCAACACACUGGGGUUUGACACAAUCAUCGUAAACCUGCUGGUUCAAGUGCCUCCGGAUCAACCCCGUUUGACAGUGUCCACCACCUCAACUUCCUCUAUCACUCUGGCCUGGAUCCCAGGAGACAAUGGUGGAAGCUCCAUCAGAGGUUUUGUGUUGCAGUAUUCAGUGGAUAAUACUGAGGAGUGGAAAGAUGUCUUCAUCAGCUCCAGCGAGCGUUCAUUCAAGUUGGAAAACCUGCGUUGUGGCACCUGGUACAAAGUCAAACUUGCAGCCAAAAACAGUGUGGGAGCCGGCCGCAUCAGCGAGAUCAUUGAGGCAAAGACCCACGGCAGAGAGCCACAGUUCAAUAAGGACCAGCCACUCUUCACUCACAUCAACUCCACCCACGCCCGACUCAACCUGCUGGGCUGGACGAGCGGUGGUUGCCCCAUCACGGCUGUCCUUCUCGAGUUCCGCCCCAAAGGCACCUGGGCCUGGCAGAAUGUUCGCACCAAUGCCUCCGCUGACAUCUUCCUCGCUGAGCUGCGUGAGGCCACCUGGUACGAGCUCAAGAUGAAGGCGUGCAACAGCGCUGGUUGUGGCAACCAGAGCUCCCAGUUCGCCACACUGGAUUAUGAUGGCAGCACUAUUCCUCCCAUUAAGUCAGCACGAGGGGAAGGGGACGACGUUAAAAAGCUGUUCUCCAUUGGCUGUCCUGUCAUCCUGGUCACACUGGGCAUGGCUCUGCUCUUCAUUAUCCGCAAGAAACGUAAAGAAAAGCGACUCAAGAGACUCAGAGAUGCUAAGAGUUUGGCUGAGAUGCUUAUCAGCAGUAAGAACAAUCGAAGUUUUGACACUCCAGUUAAAGGGCCACCUCAGGGACCCCGAUUGCACAUAGAUAUCCCCCGUGUACAACUGCUCAUCGAAGACAAAGAAGGAAUCAAACAGAUAGGUGAAGACAAGGCCACCAUCCCUGUGACAGACACCGAGUUCAGCCAAUCAGUGAACCCUCAGAGCUUCUGUACGGGCGUUUCUGUUCAUCACCCUGCCCUCAUCCAGAACACAGGCCCUUUGAUUGACAUGUCUGACAUUAGACCAGGAACCAAUCCAGUAUCGAGGAAAAGCGUGAAAUCAGCACACAGCACGAGGAACCGCUACUCCAGCCAGUGGACAUUGACUAAAUGCCAGGCGUCUACACCCGCUCGCACACUCACCUCAGACUGGCGGACAGUGGGCUCCCAGCAUGGCAUCACCGUCACAGAGAGUGACAGCUACAGUGCCAGCUUGUCCCAAGACACAGAUAAGGGACGUAACAGCAUGGUGUCCACUGAGAGUGCGUCCUCCACAUACGAGGAGCUGGCCCGAGCAUAUGAACAUGCUAAGCUGGAGGAGCAUCUACAACAUGCUAAGUUUGAGAUCACAGAGUGCUUCAUCUCCGACAGCUCUUCUGAUCAGAUGACCACCGGAACUAAUGAUAAUGCGGACAGUAUGACGUCCAUGAGCACGCCGUCUGAACCAGGCAUCUGCCGCUUCACCGCCUCCCCACCCAAACCACAAGACUACGACCGUGGCAAGAAUGUGGCAGUGCCCAUUCCUCACCGCGCCAACAAGAGUGAGUACUGUAAUCUUCCCCUCUACAUGAAGACAGACCCUUUCUUCCGGAAGCAGGCAGAGCUCCAUGACCCCUGCCCUGUUGUCCCGCCCCGUGAGGCGUCCAUCCGGAGCCUCGCAGCCCGGGCCUACCACACACAGGGCCGCCACAUGACAUUAGACCCCUCCAAGCAGCAGGCCCUGACACUGGGCCACGGCGGCCUGAGCAGCCUGACCAGCUCAGGGGCCUCUGGUACGUCGGGCCCCGCCUCCAGUGGGGCUGCUGGGAGCUCCAGCAUCAGCUCAGGCACAGCCACCCUGCCCCAGAGGACUCUCACCAUGCCCAGCACUUCCUCCACCUCCUCGGCCCCGAGCGGCGCGGUCGCCGCUGGAGCAGCCACCAGCGGGAGCUCCACAGGGGGCAGCGGGCUGACACCCGGGAGUUCAAAGGUCGGGGGAUCAAGAGACUCUCUGCUAGAGAGCAGCUCGUCUGGCCUGGGCAGAUUGCAAAAGCAGAAUGCUGGGGCGUACUCCAAAUCCUACACACUGGUGUAGCUCACACACAAAUUGUACGUUAACACACACACACACACACCUGGAGUCUAUUCGUUGCUGGGCAGGGGCGGAACUGAGCAAUGGCAGGACUUAAACAGCACAGGGGUCUUUCUCUUUGUCUCUCUUCCUUUUUCUAACUCUCUAUUUUCUUUUCUUCUUCACACUCUGCUUUUAAGUUUAUGCAUUUGGCAGAUGCUUUUAUUCAAAGCAACUUACAGUGCAUUCAUCAUACACAUUUUAACAUUUUAUUGUGUUCCCUGGGGAUCAAACCCACGACCUUGGCGUUGCAAGCGCCACGCUCUACAAACUGAGCUUCAGGAACCCUGUUCUAUUGCUGUUGUUCUAUCUCGAGCCUUCUUCCUGGAUUAAAUAUGCCAAACCCCCAGGACCUUUUUCUUCUACCUUACCUUCUUAUUUUGUCCUUUUUUUCAAUCAUCUCUUUGUUUCUCUCUCCUUCUUCCCCUCUCUCUAGCUCUCUUUUCUCCGGCUUCUCUCUCUCUGUCACCUUGGACCUUAUGCACGAAAUGCUUUCCAUGUGCACUUGUUCAUUUGAUUUCUUAAAUUCCGAAAAUAGAACAAAAAAGCAGUUUUAAGAGAUAUAUGGUUUCACAUUAACCUGUCUAGAUGUUUUUAAAGCUGUCGAAAGUGUCUCUUUUUGUAUGUCUCUUGCAUAACUUCGUACUGCAACGCAUUGCCUCGGAAAGCUUAUGCAUAAACAAAUCCACCAUGGUGUCCUCUUUUCGCCCCGUCCUGUUCCACAUCGUAAAACAGCUUGAAGAUGACAGUCUCGACCGCCUGAAUCGAGUCUUUGGGAUUUUUUUUCAUGCAAUUGAUGACACAGUACAGAGUGUUAUUGACUAUUUUGUAAACAAAUAAGAAAAAAGUGACCAAAAAAAAAAAUGUCUGGAGCCAUUUUCACAUCUGAUGUAUGGUUACUGUACUUUUUUGUUUGUUUGUUUGGUAUUCUAUUUUAAAAUAUUUGAAUUUAAGCACUAACGAGAGCCAGGUGGAUCCACAAAGCUUACUCAAGCUUGUUUGUGUGUGUGGUGUGUGUGUGUGUGUGUAUAUAUAUAUAUAUAUAUAUAUAUAUAUAUAUAUAUAUAUACACACACACACACACAUGUGGCCAGCACACACCUUUAAGGGAUGUCUAAAUUAGGCUUACGCAACUGGGGUCACAAAUGUGUAAAGGGUAGACAAAUACCUUUUCUCUUCACAAAUCACUCUAAUAUGAAUGAAAGGCUCUUGUUUUUGCUGGUUGUUUGUUUGUUUGAUUGAUUGUUUGUGUUUGAUGCCAUAUACUUAUCACCCCUCCCUUUCCACCCCAGACUUCCCCCAAAACUUUACCACUUCCUCUGUCUCACUGUGAACGCCUAACAGCCUCUCCUGGAUGGAUAGAGUGCAUGCAGAAAGGCGGAAAGAGGACGAGAGGUAGGGAGGAAGUAGAGGCAGAUAGAGAUGAGGGCCCAAGAACUGAGAGGGAGAUAUAUCUGCUGUCACUGUGUAGCUUUUCUGCGUUUGUUAAAUUCUCAUUAUUCUUUUCUUUCCUUCCCCAAAUGAAGACUCUGGCGGCCGUUCCUAUUUGAAGGUCUAAGAGACUCUAGCUUUAGGUAGCGCAGGGGUGUAUAAAGGAGGAAAUGAGUGAAAUGUGGGAGGGGAAAUUGAGAGAAUGAAGAAGAAAAGAUGUUUAAUUUAACCCCUGAACAAAUCAAACAGCCUUUCCCCUUCCUUCAUUCACUCAUCGUCCAAAGCAAAGCCCCCUUCACAGAGAAACUUCCAAAAAACAACAAACUUUCCCGAUGAUUUCAAUGGAAAAAGAAGUAUUACAUCAGGGCUCCUGCAAUACAAAAGAAGAAAAAAGAAAAUAUAUUGCAAUGUUUGUUGUUAAAAUAUAUACAUAUAUAUUUCUAUCUAAAGAUAUAGUAAAUAUAUACGUGGUGAGAGCAGAGAUUUAAUGCCAUAUCUAAUUGAGAAAGAAAAAUUUUAUUUAAAAAAGAUUUGAAGACAAUCGCUCAGUGAGAGGUGCAGCAGUAAGCCAGAGGAGGUGUCAAUCACGAAACGGUGAGAUAAACGGGUAACAAAACCAAGAGAGAAAAAGAACAGCACAGGGUUUGUUUUGACGUGGUGGGAGUUAGUUUGGGCAGCAGUCAUUUUGCUGGGAAGUCUUUGAAAAGACCUAUGAGACUCCUAAACAAUGGUCCUGUGCAAAAUGCCACCCAAAGCUCUUGUGGUUGUCCUCCAAGUCCACACUUUGCUGACGUAAUGUCCCAUAGACUGUCGUAAAGUAAUAAUCUGUGGAUUGUUACUGCUGAUUUUGAGUAGUAAACAUUAAGUAGAUGGCCAUAUUUGAUUGUUGCAUCUCGAGACACUUGUGUUCUGUUCUUUUUGAUGUGCUGCAAAUUUCGUUACUUUAGCGCAAGAAUGUGUUCGGUAUGAACAGCCCCUUACGGCCCUGAUAUACUUCAUACGAAAAACUCUCAAUCUCCAUUCACUCGUGUGCCAUCUGCAGAGGAAGCCAUUCACACAUCUGCCCAAAGAUAUGCCUCAUCAUUCUUCUAUCUGUAUUCUGGACAUUAACACUUUUAUUUGCCAGUCUUUGCAGUAGUAUCAGUGUCAUCAUAAAUUACAAUAACAGAGUGUAAUCGGCACAUACUAUGCUACGCAUAGUGUGUUAGCGCAUUAGUGCCAUAUAUCCACAAUGUGUAAAUCAUCGAGUGGUUAAAACAGCUUCUUUUGCUGACCUCAUGUGAAUUCUACUCAUAGAAUGAGGCGUAAAGUCAUUGAUAACACAUUUUAAUUUUAGUAAAUGUUUACAUGUAGCCUCUUCAUAUUUAAAUGCUCCUCUGAAUGCCUCCCACAGCAGUGUGACCAUUGUCUGAAUGUUUGCAAACAGUAUACCAUUGCUCGGCUAUUUAGAACUUCUUUUUACCCCUGAACAAAAAAUUAAGAAGAACCUAUCCGGAAGUAUAUCAGGGCCUUUACAGUUCAUUUGUAUUAGGGCUGUCGAUUUAGCAUGUUAAUUUAGUGUGAUUAAUCAAUGAAAAAACAUUAUGUUAAUAUGUGUUAACUAAAGUAUUGCAAAUAAUGGUCACCGGACCAUGCCUAUAUUUUGUAAUAAGGACUUUUACCACCAACUGAGCAAUUCAUACUUGAAGAACCAACUACUUUUUUUAUGAGUAGCAAUCAGCAGGGGGCAUUCAGCGCAACUCCAGCUACAUAGGCAACGUGCAGCAAAACACACUUACAACAUGAGUAAAGAGCCUCAUAUCAGUAUGCAUUCUUGUGUUCAAAUAUAGUGGGAGCACAAAUUAAUGCAUGGGUAUCAAGACAUUGAAUUUGGCACAAUGUCCUAAAAAUACAACGUUUAUGGCAUGAGACAAUGCAAAUCAAAAGACGCAAUGCAAGUCACGUGCAGGCUAUGCCCAUCGCAAGUCUGCAAGACAUUAAGUAUACAUUAAGUGUGUCAUUUGGGACAAGGCCAUUGGAGUUGUCGCCCCUAACUAACUUCCAGUCAUCAUUAUAAUCAGCCGGGCUGUGUAGUGCAACAUGCCUGUAUGGCAUUAUCCGUUGAGCUCCACAGGUAUGAAGGACAGCUGCGAGAUAUUUAUGGGCGUUUUUCUCACACUCUCUACAGUUGCUUGGACACAAUUAAAAUUUGCCACUGCGAAUUCUGUUCAUAGAUUGAGUGCCAUCUGAAUCCAUUUCCAGUAUGCACCAUCUCUAUUGCCCAAUGAGCAGUUUAAAAUACCCUUAGUGUUUGAGAGCUUUUCUUUAGGCCCUUAAAGUGAUAGUUCACCCAAAAAUUUUAAUUCUGUAAUUAUUCACCCUUAUUUUGUUCCAAGCCUGUAUGACAUUCUUUUUACCCUGGAACACAAAAGGAGAUGUUAAGCAAUUGAGUGUGUUAGUCUCAUUCACCAUUUACUUUCUUUGCAUCUUUUUUCCAUACAAUGAACGUGAUUGAUGAUAAUAUUCUAUCCUUCUGUGUUCCACGGAAAAAAGUCAAAUGGGUUUGGUAAAAUAUAUAGCUGAGUAAAUUAUGACCAAAUUUUCAAUUUGAGGUGAACUAUUCCUUCAAUGUGAGAUCUCUCCUGUUACUUUGAGCAUCCAAGCUUUCAGCACUUCUGAUAAGUCAGAUUUUAUAUAUCAGGGGACAAAUCAGAUACAUUUAUGUACCAGGUAUUUAUAUUGGUAACUUUCAACACCUAACCCCUGCAAAUGUCAGCACAGGAUAUAGCACACAUUUAUAAUUUUUUUUUUACAGCAGGAUUCAGUUAUAUGCAGCCGUCUGAUCAUACCCCAUGUUAGCAUGAUUGGAAUCAACAGAUCUUUCAAAGUUACAGAGAUGGGACGUGUUGUGUUGGGUUUAAAAUUGAGCUGAUUGAAUGAUUAUAUAUCUUGAAUCUAUUUGUGGCAUAUGAAGAAAACUUGUUGACUUACCAGGAGAUGUUAUAUUGGUGGCUUUAUUCAUUAGGAUUGUGUUACAGUGUAUCCCAAAGUUUGUGUAAGAUGAAUAAAUUUGAUAACCCAGAACCAAUACAACUAAAACAGAGUUGCAACGAAUGUGGACUUUCUAAAGUGUUUUAAAAACAGUGAAGGAAGUAUGUGUUCCUCUUAUUGCUGCUCAAAUGCCCACUGACUGGGUUUUUGUGUCCGUCUGAUGGCGGACUUGCCCAGUGCAUUUUGCCAUAAACAUGUUUUAUUAGGAUUAGACCAAUAACUAUAUCAGUAUUUAGUAUUCAUGCCUUUUCAGGUGAAACAUCUUGUGAAAUGUUCCCAAAACCACCCCAGAGAGCACCCACAUCCCUCAUGUUUUUAAUAUUUAAAGGACAGUUGCUGACUUAUAAAAGAAUUUCAAUAUUUUUUUUGGUUGCAUUAUUUAUAAAAAAGAAAAGAAAAGAUGUGUCCAACUUAGUUUUUUUUACCUGAUGUUUAUGUUGGGAAAAAAUGCAGUUGUGUUGCGCAACGGGGCAGGCCUGUUUAGCCAGUUGAAUCAGGGACUCCUGAGCUCCAACCAAUCACAGGAGAAGCUGUGUGGAUUUUGGGCGGAGUCAGGAAUAGAACUCCACCACCACACGUCUGUUUCCCCACCCAAAUAAUCCGAUUAGCCCCUUUUCCUAAACCAAGAAAAAUGUCCUGCUAUACCCAAGACGUCCCUGUCAGCAUAAUUUCUAAUCUACAAAUAAAGACUCUUGUAUAUACGAAACUGUUUUGUAUAAAUAAUUACUAUUUUCGACAUCUCCAUUAGCAACCAGGGCACAAUUAUGUCUGGUGAAAGGUUUAACUUUAAAUGUGAGGGGAUUAAAAAUACAAAAAAAAUAUAAAAAUCUAACAAAACAUUUUUACACAUUGAUUUUUGAAUGGAACACAGAAAACCAGACAGAAAAGAUGUCUGGCAUUUGAUUUAUUUUCUCCUUUUUAUAAUUUGUCUUAUGUUUUUACUCAUUUAUGUUGUUGGUUGUUUUGUUUGUUAUACUUUGGUUUUGUUUCUACCUUUUGGUUAACUUGAAGAAAAAUGGCAUUGCAUGCUCUGAAUCUUUUGCUGGUUAUUAAAAGAUAAGGAAAAGGAGACAAAUAACUAAAAGGGAGAAAAAAAAAGUUUAAAAAAAUGCAGAGGGGGAUUCCUAAACUUUUAUGAAAAAAGUUGCUUCAAUUUGCAAUUGCUUGUGUUUAAAUAUACAGGUUUUUUUUCUAUAAAACAAAACAAAAACAAAAAAAGAGUUCUCCAACACCUUGUGCA